CCCUCCACGAGCACUUCUGCUUUGCUGGGCAGCUCCUGCCUCCUGCGCAGCUGGCCCCGCACCCCUCUCCCGCCCGUCACUGUGGGGUCCUGUGGGGUCCUGGCCCCUGGCAGCCUGGCUCCCACAACGGCAGAUAUUGGGAGAGGGAACCGAGGCCAAGUUCCGAUCGGAAUAGCCUCCCCCAUUGGGCCACAGACAGUUUCUCUUUCCCUUUCCUUUUAGAGAAGGCAGGUUCCGGGUUGAGUGUGAGCUCGACCUGCUGGCGGGGGUCCUGGGACAGCGGCUGGGGAAUGAGGGGUCCUGAAGAGGGACAUGGAGCCUCUUCGAGGCUGGGAGCCGCCCCCCUGGAGCCUGACACCCAAGGCUGAUGCCCUGAGCCAGGCCCUGUACCUGCUCCUCCUGGGGUCCCUCCCCUGUGCCCUGGCCAUGGCCCCGUGCAAAGAGGAAGAGUAUCCAGUAGGGUCCGAAUGCUGUCCCAAGUGCAGCCCAGGUUACCGGGUGAAGGAGGCCUGUGGGGAGCUGACUGGCACGCUGUGUGUUCCCUGUGACCCCGGGACCUACACAGCCCACCUCAAUGGCCUGAGUGAGUGUCUGCAGUGCCGAGUGUGUGACCCAGCCAUGGGCCUGGUGACCAGGCAGAAGUGCUCCCGAAAAGAGAACACUGUGUGCGUCUGUGACCAGGGCCACUUCUGCAUCAGUGAGGAUGGGGACGACUGUGCCGAGUGCCGUCCGCACACGCCCUGCCAACCUGGCCAGAGGGUGCGGGCCAGAGGCACCGAGUGGCAUGACAGGAUGUGUGAAGACUGCCCUCCCGGGACCUUCUCGGCCAGUGGGGCCCUGGAGGAGUGUCAGCCCUGGAGCACGUGUAGUGGCCCUUUCCAGACACAAUCCGACCCUGGGACCAGCAGCUCAGAUGUCACAUGUUCGUCCUGGGGCCUUUAUGUUUUUGUGAGCAGUCUUGUCAUAGUGGGGCUCUGUGUCCUCACAAUCCUCGGGAUGAGGAUGAAAAAGAGACAGUCGCCUGGGAAAGCCACAGCGGGAGAAGCCAGGAGCUCGGGUCCCUCCAGCCCCCGUCACUGUGACAGUGUCUCUGUUUUGCAGGGGGACCCACCAAGGCGACAUUAUUUCACCAGGUCCUGCGGGCCCCACCAGAUGUCACCACGGUGGCUAUGGAGGAGACAGCGCCCGUGUCCCCCGGGAGGGAAUGACCCGCUCACGGAUCGAUGGCUCCAGGAGGCAGAUGUCUGAGCCAUCUUGGGCUGUGCCUGCUAGAAGCUGCCAGGCCCCCAGGGGCAGAAUGUGGACCGUCUCUGGGCUUGCUUCACACUCUACCCAGCACAGGAAGACUGGCCACUGCUCAGGGGGCUUUGGGGACCCCACAUGUCUCCCGUCCAUUUCAUGAGGGGCCCAGAGCCCUCUGCUCACCUCUGUGCUGUCCUCCUGAGGACAUGGUCAUAAGCCUCUCUUGGCUUCGAGCCCUGCUCACCCCCCAACCCUCAGAGCCUCAGCUUGUCCAUCUGUAGGAUGGGCCUGCUAGCACCUACCUCAUGGCUGAGGCGACACGGGACGGACCACAAAUGCGGCAUGAUAUGAAUGACCAUCAGGAAUGAUUUCUAAAUGGGAUUGGUUUGCUCAACAAAUCAAAAUUGUUUUUUAAUUUUUCAUUAAAAAGUAUACUUUA